AGCUCCCACAAUUCAGUAGCAAAAGUGAAGCUGUCAUGCUUGUGUUUUGCUUUGGUUUUUGUUAUUGUUUCGGGUUAGUGGAACAGCUGAGUACGAGGAGGAGAUCAUAGUUCAUUUUCGCUCAUGUUUUGUUUUUCUUGUGGACUGUGACAUCUGAUAGAGACCGCUUGUCUAAAUAUUUUACAGAGAAGUGUAAACUGCAAAAAAGGUGCCAAAUAGUCUGCAUUUGUUUAGUGUUGCCAUGGAAAAAGCUUGGCGGGUGGAGUUCAGAAACGUGGGCUGCAGUUACUUCCCUCAGAGUAGAGUUGACUGCCACUACACUCUAAGCUCACAGCACAACUGGACCAGCAAUGACUGGAUUGGGCUCUUCAAGGUGGGAUGGUCAUCAGUGAAAGACUACCACACGUUUGUUUGGGCACUGGCCCCAGCAGACUACCAGGAGGGCACAGAUGUCAACUGCUGUGUUCACUUCCAGGCAUCCUACCUCCCUAAGCCCAGCUCCCAUGAGUACCAGUUUGUGUACAUCGAUGGUAAAGGGGAAGUGUGCUCUUGCAGCCCCACAUUCACAUUCUGCGCCCCUAAGCCACUUGAGGAUCUGGUCACCCUGGAGGAGGGGGCCCAUGGAGAGGAUGGAACCACAGACAUGCUGCUGGUGGUACCCAGGGCCGAAUUGCUGCAGAGUCGACUACAGGAAUGUCUGCGAGAGCGGGCUGAGCUACUGCAGGUCCAGGAAGCGGCAACCAGGCAGAGGGAGAAAGAGAGGGAGGAGUACAAGAGAGCAAAGGAAGCCUGGGACAGGGGGCGCAAAGAGCUGGAGAGCAGUAUCGCCAGGCUGCAGGAGAAGCUGAAGCAGAGUCGAGAGGAGACAGAAGAGCUGGAGAGGAAGCAAAAGGAGGUGCAGGCUUCUGGAGAGUCACUGGCCCAAGAGAAAAGUGCCUUGUUGGAUGCAAAGGAGGCGAGCGAACUGCGAAUCAGAGAGCUAGAGGAAGACAUCAAAGCUUUGACACAGAAAGCUGUGGAGAGAGAGACUGAGCUGGAGAGGAUGAAAGAAAGAGCUAAGAGGGCAGCAGCUCAGAGAAAAGAAGAGGAAAGUGAGAGGAAGAGCUUGCAGACCAAGCUGGAACAGACGGAGGCUGAGCUGCGGAGUCUUUCUAAAGAGUUCCACGGCCUGAGGAGCUCCUUGGCCCAGAGAGACACCAGUGUCCUGCAGCUCCAAAACACCAUUACCACCCUCACCCAGAAACUCACCACUGCCCACAGGAAAGAGGCGGAGAGCGAGGCAGCCCUGAAGGAGAUGCGAGGCCUACGGGAACGUUUGAGUGCUAGUGAACGUACCGCAGAAAGCCUGAAGGCUGAUAUGAGUGCAAUGGUGGCCCAGAGGGACCAUGGGCAGGCUGAACUGCACCAGGCUCGUCUGCAAGCCGCCCAACUCACCCUGCAGCUGGCAGAUUCCAGUUUGGCCCUGAGAGAGGGUAGAGCCCACUGGGCACAGGAAAGGCAGAAUCUGCAGCGCACUGCUGAGAAGGACCGCGACCGCCUGGAGAAACUCAACGCAGAGAUGCAGAGAAUGGAGGAAAGGCUGCAGGAGGAGAGGAUGGAAAGAGAGAAAGUGGAGGUGGAACUUGGGAGAGAAAAGGACUGCAACCGAGUCCAGUUGAGUGAGACUCGCAGGGAGCUCCAGGAGCUAAAAGCCAGUCUGAGGGUUGCCCAGAAAGAGAAGGAGCAGCUACUCACUGAGAAACAGGAGCUGAUGGAGUACAUAUGUCAGCUGGAGCAGAAGAUGGGAACAGUGGCCAAUGCCAAGUGGAGCGCUGCCCCAAUUGUCUCCACAGGGCGCCCUGGCAGCCCAUUAUCUGACUCUGAGGAUGAGAACCCAGAGGCCUUGCAGCCGCUUCGCCCCUCUAGACCUCUGGGCCACUACAGCCUGUGUGAGCAGGGUCAGCCCGACUCCCUGCUCCUGGCUACUCCUCCUCCCUCCCCGAGGGACCUGGACCGGGACACAGUGGUCAUCAACCAGCCAGCACCCCUCUCCUCACCGCACCAGGCCGGCACCGACACUCUCGCACACAGCUCUGAAUCAGAGGAGGAACCUGAUCAGCUUCCAUGUGGACGGCACAGUUCUGGGGAGGAAACAGCACUUUUGCUGCCUGAGCACACAGACACCAUUCUCAGUGAUCUGGCUGACACCUCUCUAUGGUAACCAGUGGACACCAAACCACAGUAGCAGUUCAAGACUUGGUCAAAAGGAGGAGAUGGGGAAUUUCUCUCAGUCAUCAUGGUUCUACAUUACAAUCACUAAUGAGCACAUACACAACACACUUACUACACUACACUAACAAAAAUGUUAAUAUGCAAUAGACAUUGUAUCUCCUGUGAACCUUGGUCUAUCCCUUCUAGACUGUUGUGUUAUCGCCUUAGCUGUUUUUGUUAUUAGGAAUGACAGGUCAACACCAUGUUUAUAACUGACAUAAGACUGUUGCACAGUCGGAAAUGGUGCGCUUUAAGCAUUGGCGCUUGCAUUUGAAAGUUCACACGCUCCAGCAGAAUGAUUUCUGUUGAAUCAUUGCUAUGUCGAGAGCUUUACGAUGGGUGUUAUGUCGUUUUUAUGACUUUUGUGAUCAGGAGUCAUGACAGGCACUGUAAUUAUGAUGUUUUGUGCAGGCCCGUCUCCUCUGAAAAUCAUGAGAAAACUCUGGUUCAGCAUUAAAUUCACCAGAGCACCUUUGAACACUACUCAUCAUGAUACCAUAAAGUAAUGAUACAGCAUCAUGUUAGAAUUAUAUUGCUUUAAUGUAGGCCUAUAACAGUGCGUUUCUCCUCCUUUUAUUCAGAACUAAGAUAUGAUAUGCACUUUCUGUUAUGCAUUAGCUAUUGACGUUGUUAUGCAGAUGCUGUUAAGGAGAUUUGGUAAUGGAGCAGCACCUUGAGGUGGACAUGCAGUUGAAACUGAACGGUGAUGGAACAGAUUGUUUUGAAAGUCUGUCAAGAUAGAUGCUAGAUACAACUUGCUACUUCAGUAACCUCAUAUUAUUUUCGUUAUAAAGCUGUUGCUCUCAUAAGCUUUCGGCUAUACGUCAACUUGCGAUAUUUACAUGUUAAGGAUCAUAGAUUUUACCUUACAGAACAUUAAAAUGAAAUGCUAAUUUACUUACUGGGCUUUUGGAUAUUUAGCAUCAUCUUUUAUUACAGUUUGUAAUGUACAGGAAAUUGCUCUCCGUCACAUUGAUGCAGUUCUAAAUUUGUGCCUAGAUUAAUCGAAUAAGAGUCUCAUUUAAGAAAAUCUACUUUAUAGGUCUUGCCAUCAUGGUGUGGUGUUGGUAUUUCCCCCCAGCCUAUGGCAAUUUACUGCCUGAAAAAUAUUGCUGCCUACCUUUGAAUCAAUACUAUAUGCAUUUUUCAUGAUUUUCUAUUUAUAAUUAACUUGAGUUAUACUGCAGAUGAACUAUAUUCAGGUUUAAUUUGAGAUAAGUUUUCAGAUUUCACACAACUAAUGUUGUGCAGUGUGUGAUAAAUGACAAAAAAAAACUUGGUCUUUCAUGCUUGGCUAAGCAAAGAAUUUGCUAGACACUUUGACGCUUGAUUUCUAUCUGCUCUAUUUGCACCCUCUUUUUACUAUAGAAGAGUUUUUAGAUGAAGAGUUGAUAUAUGGAUGCUUAUGUCAGUUGUGUGUUUUCAUCAUUAUCACAGUCAUUACCAUUGUGUGUUGUGUUUACUCAUUUUAUAUACACUUUUCAUAUGUUCUGUUUGAAAAUAGUCACUUUGACUCUAGUAACAUUUCAGAUUGGGGUUACAUUGUAUUGUUGUGAGAUAUUGGUGCUAACGAAAGGGAUUAAUACCAACGUGUUGAUUUUAGGGUAAUGGUGAAAAUGUAUCAAAGAUCUAAAAAAAAAAAAAUCAAUUUUAAUAUUUGGUCAGGAAGGAUAAGUGUCUCAGCAGGUUUUUCUGUAACUGUACAACCUCUCAUCUAUC